AUGAUAUACAAGUGUAAAUGUGGAAGCUUUAGGAAUGUUGAUGAUGCCUUAGACACGUUUGAUAAAAUGCUUCACAUGUGCCCUUUGCCUUCCAUUGUGGAAUUUAAUCACAUGUCGGGUGCCAUUGCAAGAAUCAAGCAUUACCCAGUUGUUAUUACUCUAUUUAAACAAAUGGGUUUGUUUGGAAUUGCUCCCAGUCGUCCUACUCUCAAUACUUUGAUUAAUUGCUUCUGCCAUUUGAACCGAGUAGAUUUUGGGUUUUUUGUCUUAACAACAAUUUUGAAACUUGGUUAUUACCCAGACUCUAUUGCUCUAAACACCCUUGUCAAGGGUCUCUAUCUUCAAGGUAACAUUGCAGGAGCUAUGAAGUUGGUAGAAGAUAUUGAGAAGAAAGGGUAUCAACUUGAUGCAUUUACUUGUGGAACGAUACUAAAUGCUCCGUGUAAGAUUGGUAAGAUUGAUAUGGCUAUUGGGUUGCUCAGGAAAUUGGAAGAAGGAGAUUUUGAGCUUAAAGUAGUGGUGUAUAACACAAUCAUUGAUAGUUUAUGUAAAGAUAGGUUGGCAAUUGAGGCCUUGAACCUUUUGACUGAAAUGAUGAGUAAAGGCAUUUAG